AUGCUUGGAUUUCAAGUGAAAACUCAAAAUUUCAUACCAGCAGGAACAGUCAUUGCAGAGUUUACCGGUGAAUCAGUGGACAUUUCAAGAAAAUUCCUGGAUGCAACUGCGGAGCGGUCAGUUCACUAUUCUCUCUUCAAAGAUGGAUCCAUCACCGUUUCCAGUGUCCACAACGUGCCUCAAUCGGGACAGUUUAUAGUGAAGGCCCCUCACAACACCAAUAUUCAAAUUGAAACUCGAAGAUUUACUGGCCGACACGAAGAACAUGAGGCAAUUCAAAUCAAUGUGGAAGAAAAGAUGCAACAUUUGGACCAUAGAAAGAUUCGACAGUUCGCGGAAAACUUAAAGGAAAGGAUAUCAGUGAAUUUGAAGAGCUUCUACUACACGAUAGUGUAA